GAUAGUUGAAAAUAAAUUUGUUUUUAAAUAAGCUUCUUGAUUCUUGAAAAUCAUUAUAUUUGAACUCAAAUUCUCUCAAACACUAUUAAUAAAAUUUAAAUUCUCAAACACUAUUUGUGUAAGUACCAUCACUACUAUUGAGAAAAAUGCUGAGAAGAGUUGUUCAACAAUCUCGCAAAUUUCAUCGUUCCAUCGUCAAUGGCUACUCAUCAACCGCACCAUGCCAUUACUCUUCUUCUACAAUCUCCAUCGAUCGUUCUUCCCUUCACAACCCACCUGAACAUUCUCACCAACCCACUUCCGAUUCUGAACUCGUUAAGCACCUCAAAGGAAUCAUCAAGUUUCGUGGAGGUCCUAUUUCAUUAGGUGAGUAUAUGUCAGAAGUUUUGACAAAUCCUAAAGCUGGAUACUACAUUAAUCGAGAUGUUUUUGGAGCUGAAGGUGAUUUUAUCACCUCUCCUGAAGUCAGCCAGAUGUUUGGCGAGAUGGUUGGUGUAUGGGUGAUGUGUCUGUGGGAGCAAAUGGGCCGACCGGAAAAAGUAAAUCUAGUUGAGCUGGGACCGGGACGUGGAACUCUUAUGGCCGAUCUUCUUCGUGGUGCUUCAAAAUUUAAGAACUUCACCGAGUCCUUACAUGUACAUCUGGUGGAGUGUAGUCCUGCUCUAAAAAAUCUUCAGCACAAGAAUUUGAAAUGUGUUGAUGAAGAGAAUGCAGAUGAAGAUACAGAUAAAAGAACUGUAAGCACUUUGGUUGGCACUCCUGUGUCAUGGCAUGCUACACUCGAGCAGGUUCCUUCAGGAUCGCCAACAAUUAUCAUCGCACAUGAGUUCUUUGAUGCCCUACCAGUCCAUCAAUUUCAGAAAGCAACUCGUGGUUGGUGUGAGAAAAUGGUUGAUGUAGCAGACGAUUCAUCGUUACAUUUUGUUCUAUCUCCACAUCCUACACCUGCAACUUUGUAUCUGUUGAAGAGAGCCAAGUGGGCUGCAACUGAGGAGGUUGCAAAGCUCAAUCAAAUUGAAAUUUGCCCCAAAGCUAUGGAUUUGACUCAGACCAUCGUUGAAAGGAUAAGUUCUGAUGGUGGUGGAGCUUUAAUCAUUGACUAUGGCUUAGAUGGAGUAGUCUCAGAUAGUCUCCAGGCAAUACGGAAACACAAGUUUGUCAAUCUUCUAGAUGACCCUGGAUCUGCUGAUCUCAGUGCAUACGUUGAUUUUGAUUCUAUUAGACAUUCUGCAGAGGAAGCCUCAGAAGAAGUGUCGGUUCAUGGUCCAAUUACUCAAUCUCAAUUUCUUGGUGCCCUUGGAAUAAACUUCCGUGUUGAAUCCCUCCUUCAAAACUGUACAGAAGAGCAGGCUGAAUCUUUGAGGACAGGAUACUGGCGUCUUGUAGGUGACGGUGAAGCUCCGUUUUGGGAAGGAGAUGAAGAUAAUGCCCCAAUCGGUAUGGGUAGUCGCUAUAAGGCAAUGGCUAUAGUGAACAAGAACCAAGGUGCUCCAGUUCCUUUUCAGUAAAAGCCUAAAAAUAGUUGGUUUUUGGUGCAUGUAACAUUAUACGGUCCUCAAUCAGCUGUUGAGAGCUGACAAUUCUAUUCCUACACUACUUGUUUUCUCUUUUUAUUUAAUUAUUUUUUGAAAUGUUUAUUUAAUAGCUUCUUGGCAUGCUUUGUAUUGGAAGAGUUGUAAGAGGCAACCAUUUUUUGUUGUUGACAAUAAUGUAAGAGGCAAUAAUUUUAACUGCAUUGUAUUAAUCAUUGAUAUGAGGAUAUACAUGUUGGAAGGAA